AUGUCGUCCCGGACGCGCCCCGGCCGCCUUGCAUCGCGCGGAACUCCCCGUAGUCGCCGAUCGAAACAAGCCGAAGACGAAAUACCAGAGGUCUACCGGGAGAUGCUAGCGGAGGCUGAAGCGCAGGAAAUAAGCCAGUCAGAGAAUGAACGACCGGCUAAAAGAUUCAAGCCGGCAGGAUACAGGGCUCGGACUGCCCAAGCUUUCAAGGCGCAAGUCCUACAACAGGAUACAAACCCCAUGGAUGCCGAAGAGGAUGCGGUCAAGCAACCGCAGAUUGUAUAUAAUUCACCAUCAGAGUCAGAUGAAUCAGAUAUGGAGUGGGAGGAAGUCGAUAUACAACAGCCUACUAUUUCAGGUCCAACCUCGUCCGUGACGGAUGAAGCACCGCUUCAAAUUACCCUUGAGCAGGACCACAAUCGGAAGCGAAGGGUUGUCCGGCGCAAACCAGUAACUGCGGCAGAGAAGAAACUCCGACUUGAUGUCCAUAAGAUGCAUCUGCUCUGUCUAAUGUGCCAUGUUCAACGUCGUAAUUUAUGGUGCAAUGACGAGGAAGUACAGUUGAAUCCACCUGAGGAAAAGCCGCAGCAUACUAGAUCAGCAAUGUUCCUUGACGGCCUAAACCAGGCUGGGGAUAUAUUCUUUAGAAGGUUCAAGAUCACAAGACCUGGCUUACGGCGUGCACACUGGGCGAACGACCCCGACUCGUUGAAGCGAAGAACGGAGGCUAUCAUCUCUGACGCCGAAGUGUUCCUGUCAUUAGACGACUUUCGCGCUCAGGCCAAGACUAUGCAAGGCUCUCGGGAUUUCGGCGCUCAGUUGUUCUGUGCACUUCUUCGGUCGGUUGCUGUCGAGGCCAGGUUGGUCUGCUCUUUACAGCCGUUGCCGUUCUCGGGAGCCAUGCAACCUCCGCAAAAGCCAGAGCCGGAACCUAUCGUCAUAUCUUCUGACGAUCCCGACUCGCUGACUGAUGGUUCAACCAAAAGUGAGGCAAAACCAGCGCCUAUUCGCAGGAUUGGGCGGCCGGGUUUCAAGCCAACGGGAGUGCAGAAUACCACUGUUCUCUCUUCACGACCCACUCGGAGUGAGUCCUCAUAUCCGGUUUUCUGGGUGGAGGCAUUCAACGAAGCCUUCCAGAAAUGGGUCGUUAUUGAUCCCAUGGUGACGAAAACGCUCGCAAAACCGCACAAACUCGAACCCCCUGCUACCGAUCCUUAUAACCUUCUGAGCUACGUCGUAGCUUUUGAAGAAGACGCAUCAGCAAGAGACGUCACCCGUCGCUAUACUAGAGUGUUUAACGCCAAGACCCGUAAACUACGGGUUGAAUCGACCAAGAAUGGUGAAGCUUGGUGGAAAAGGGUCCUCGAACACUUCGAGAAGCCAUUUUUGGAAGACCGCGAUGAGCUAGAAAUAGCCGAGCUGACCGCAAAGACAGCCUCCGAGCCUAUGCCGCGGAACGUGCAAGACUUCAAAGACCACCCUAUUUAUGCGCUGGAGCGGCAUCUACGUCGCAACGAGGUUAUCUUUCCCAAGCGGGUUACUGGUCAUGUUAGCCUAGGAAAGUCUGGUGGGAAGGGUCAGACGGAGCCGAUCUAUCGUCGCUCAGAUGUCCAUAUUCUGCGCAGUGCGAACAAGUGGUACCGUUUAGGCCGCGACAUAAAGGUUGGCGAGCAACCGCUAAAGCGGAUACCAGUGAGAAACAGGGGAAUGGCCGUGGAUGAUGAGGAAGAAGGCGAAGAAACUGCUCUCUACGCCUUCUUCCAAACGGAGCUGUAUAAACCACCACCAGUCGUCCAGGGACGAAUACCAAAAAACGCAUUUGGAAAUUUGGAUGUUUAUGUACCGAGUAUGGUUCCCGCUGGUGGUAUUCAUAUCACACAUCUAGAUGCUGCGCGGGCUGCCCGAAUUCUAGGGAUCGACUAUGCAGACGCCGUUACCGGGUUUAGUUUCAAGGGACGCCACGGCACAGCUAUCAUCAAAGGGGUAGUUGUCGCAAGUGAAUAUAAGGAAGCAGUCGAAGAAGUCUUGAAAGCACUCGAGGAAGAGAAACUGCAGAAUGAGCAGGAAGAAAGAGCCGUCGAGGUUCUGCGAGCAUGGAAGAACCUCUUAAUGAAGCUUCGGAUUGCUGAGCGAGUGAAAGGCUAUGUUAUUGAGGGUGAAGCGGAUGACGAGGCGAGUGGGAUGGAACAGGGCGAGCCACAGGGAGCGGGCGGCUUUCUUCCUGAAUCUGAUGCCGAGACGGUGACCCCCCAGCCUAAUCCUCGACCACCAAAAGAGCAUUCCGCAUAUGACGGGGAGGUGGGGGGUGGGUUUCUACCGGACUUCAGUGCGGAAGGUCAUUCACUCGUGGGCGAAUUACGCAGAUAUAGAACCUCCCAUGGCGACCAGCGGGAUCAGCUUGUAUCUGCUUCAUUGAGCGACCUGGGGGGCGGUUUCGUUCCAGAGGGCGAUGGUCUAAACCCAACUGUUCGUGAACCUCCUCGCAGGGUCAAAUCUCCGCCUUUACGAUAUGACCUUAUCGUCGUGCCAAACAACGCAGACAUUCCACCAGCCGAGCGGCAUUCUACCAUUGGUCAACCCCAAAAUGCAAAUCCAGCGCAAGCGCUCUCCGCCGUCACAAGGGCCUUGGGAGGCUCAAUUGACGAGCCUAUCACAGUAGCCUCGUCAGUCAACGACUCUGCGUCCGCCAGUGUCGAGAUUCUCUCUCGCGCACCUUCACAAGUCCAGUCCCGCGCGCAAUCCGUGGAAGUUGCAUCUCAGGCCUCUGAACACGAAGAUGAAGAGAAUGAGGGUUCUCUAUUAUCAGAAGACCCUGAGGAUGAGGAUGCGGUUCCCGAGUGGCUUAUGUCUGAUUGA